GGGUCAUGUAAGCACCUUUACCGAAUCUUCCAUGGCUAUAAUUUCCUUUCAUCUUCCUAUUUCCCUACCAAAUUCUUGUAUUUUUCUUCUUUUCUCUAAUCUUAUCCCCUUCCAAGAAAUAGCAGCCCUUGUGACAAAAAUUUUUAACCAGAUUUUAAUAUCUCCACUUGACUUUGUACUCCCCCUUAUAUAUAUAACCUCACUUUGUGUUUUCCUCCAAAUCAAAUCUUCCAAGCAAACAAACCUUAUUUUAGUGAACCCUUCAAUCUCAAAUCAUCAAACUAUUGCUUCAAAGAUUCCAUUUUGAGACUUAUAUAAAAAGGGAAACAAUGGAGUUUAUGCCACAAGUGAUGAACCGAAGCAACAAGUGCAAGCGGAAGAAGAAGUCAUCAAUGGAUUCACUUCUAAAAGUUGUUUACAUUUCCAGCCCAAUGAAGGUUGAAACCAGUGCUUCAAGAUUCAGAACACUUGUUCAAGAACUCACCGGCAGAGAUUCCGACAUCUCCAGAUACAUGGAUUCCGACAACAACAACAACAACUACACUUCUAAUUCUAAAGAAUUCCUUCAUCAAGGCUUCGAAAUUAUGCCUGAUCUCAAAAGGGUUUCGAAAUCUACGGCCGACAAUCACCACCACCACCAAUACCAUCAUCAUCAUCUCAAUUCCUCAUCAUCUUUUUCGCCUUCAAGUUCAGAGUCUAAUUUGGUGGAGGAACAAGAACAUGAACACAGUGAUGGGCCGCCGACUUUCGAUGAAUCCUUUAUCAACGAACACUUCUUUCAAGGAUUGCUAUCUGCUGAUUUGUUUAGCCAUGAUUCUUCUGAAGUAGAUGUUCUUGGGAGUUAUGAUGCACUGUAAAUCUUUUUUUCUUUUAGUGGAAUAGUUUUUUUCUACCCCUUUUUCUUGUUCUUCUAUUAUUAUUACACCUUUGGGCGUUGCCGUUUGCUUUUCUUUUUUUUAUAUUAGGAGAGCUCAAAUUUUGGUGUGAAUCAUGAAAAAUUAAUAAUGUAUACAUUAUUAUAAAAAAAUCAUGUGUUCAUUCUUAUACUGAACUAAAGAGUUAGAUAUGGUUUCCAUAUUGUCAAUCCAAUGGGUCAAUUAUGGGGGGGUUUUUUUUUGUUUCUUUUAAUUUGGUAAAUCACAAUAGUCCAUACCUUACCGACAAAUUGUAGGAUAUAUAUGUUAAAGGCAAAAUCAUGUUAGUGAACAUUUCAAAUUUUUUUUUUUAAUAAUCAAUCAUUUGUUUCCUUUUUAGCUGGUAGUCUGAUAACGAAGAGAUUGUAAUUUUUAAGUUGGAAGCUAAAUUUGGACAUUUCCAAAAAAAUAAAAUAAAAAUAAAUUUAAGAAUAAUAAGAAUAAAAAGUCGCAUCAGAACUUCUUAAAAUUGACACUUGAUAGCUGAACCCAUUUUGAACUUUUUUAAAAUCUUUUAUUUUUUAAAAUAGAACUUGAAACCUUACGGGAAUUCGAGGUAAAAAUGAGUGAAGUAGUAUACUCUCGACACAGCUAAAUGUGUUGAUUUUCCUAUCGCAAAAUUGCGAAGCAUAAAUCAUGAUUUUAAAAAAUAUGAUUUCCAAUAAUGUACGAAUUACUUGAUUAAUUGGAAUACUAAAAAGUCUUACAUGUCUGAUGAAUUAUGAUGUUGUUAAAGUGCUUGCACAUCCGUGCAAAGAAAGAUUACUACUACUAACAUGUGUGGAUUUACCUAUCGCAAAAUUAUUAAGUGCAAAUCCUGAUUAAAAAAAUGAUUUCCAAUAAUGUACCUUUUUAUGGUUUUUUCAUAUUUAUUUAUUAGUAAGUGUCUCUUCCCAACAUUAUUUUUUUCAUAUUUUCAAUAUAUAUUUUUAUAUUUUCAAUAAAAAAAUACACUUAAAAUCACACACUAAAAAACAACCCAAACAUAACCAUGAGUUAAUCACAAGCAUCGAUGUGAUCUAAAAACACAGACAUAGCUUUCCUUUCCCAAAAGCAAACACCAGUUACUAGAGCAAUCGAUGUUUGGAUGGUACAUUUUCUUUCUUUAUGAAUCAGGCCUCUCUCUCGGCAAUCGUUGAAGUUGGGUCAACUUGGAGAUGGGCUAUAGCCUAUAGCAACACUGAGAAGAUGGGCUUAAGGGGCCAUGAGGAGUAAGAGAAAAAGAGAAGAUUAACAG